AAUUAAUGACACGUCCUCACAGAAAACGGUGACGUUAAGAAUUACGUCACACCGUUGACGUUAGAGGCGCGGCAUCUCACAACAAAUUACUCAAUAUAAACCCCACCACUUUCCCAAAAGUCACCUGCUUUUACCCCAAUACUCACCAUGCAGAAGGCACUCCAAUACAGAGACUGGCUUUCAACCACCACAGGCGGCGGCGCCACCAAUCCUCCGCCGGGGAACAUAAGAACAGGUGACGAUGACGAGGCGAUUGUGAAAAAACUGGUGACGGAAAAUGCGGUGGUGGUGUUUGCCCGAAGAGGUUGCUGCAUGUGCCAUGUGGUCAAGCUUUUGCUUCACGGCCAUGGCGUCAACCCUACCCUAUUCGACGUGGAUGAGCAGAACGAAGCUGCUGUUAUGAAUGAAUUGUCAAAGAUCAUCACGGCGGAAGAAGGAAGCUCCGCUACCGGAGCCAAUUUUCCGGCGGUGGUCGUCGGCGGAAAAUUGCUUGGAGGUCUUGAAGAAAUCAUGGGCGCUCAUAUUUCCGGUGAAUUGGUGCCUCGUCUGAGAGAAGCUGGUGCCCUUUGGCUCUGAUAAUCUGAACAACCAAGAAAAUUUUGGAUCCAAGUAUGCUGUAAAUUUUCCUCUUUAUCAAUUAUCUUUCUCUGGUUUCUGAACAAAUUCAACCCAGAAAAUUGGUUGAAUAAGAAGGUGCAGAUUAUCCAACUUUUUGGCUUAUUUUUGUGAAUAAUUAAUUAAAAUUAGUCGGGACCAUUAAUUUGCGUGGCCUUGUUGGAUUGGUUGGAUAUGA